CGCGAUAUUUUGCGGGGCUUCGUGACAGUUGGAAACAUGGCGGACGAGCACGGACGGAAAUGGGACCGCUGCUUUGCUGAUACAGUCGUGAAAACAGGUUAAUAUUUUUUCAUACAUAUCAUGCUGCAGUUUCAUGCAGUCACAGUGGAUCGUGCAGACACUUUUCCUUGUGAAAAACGCUGCGUCAUUGGUCUGGGUCAUAGUCUUAAGUCUUUUCAGGAGCCAUUUGUGUGACCAUGCUGGGACAGUUUACUAAGGUCAACCAACAAUCUGCAUGAUGAAUGUAUAAAACUAACGAAACCUGCUUCGAUAUUUGAGGGGAAAUUCAUAAUAUCUAUUGCACUGGAAAUAGACUGAAGACUAAAGUGAUCUUUCUGUUUACAUGCUGCCCUUUUACCUCAAACAUGAUGAUCUCUCUGCUCUGUCUCAUCCCAGCAUUCAUCCAGUAUUACCAAACAGCACCAAAAGCAUGAUUGGACUGCUGUUGAGUUUUCUUACACUUACCCCCACAACAAAUUUCGAAAGGAUUUGCAAAGAAAACACACAAAAGAACAAACAGAAACCCUGGCAGUGGGAGAAAGUGAUCCAAAUCAGACCUCUUCUCCAUACUAAGCCAUUUGAGUCUCAAAACUCAUCCCAUGCUUAAAACCAUCAGAAACCUAUUUAGUCAAUUAGAAAAGAGUUUAUGAUCACCCUGCCAAGACCCAGCUUGGUAUGUAGCUGUCUCACUCCUUCCUUUCUGUAUUGUAAAAGGAUUUUCUUAUAUAUCCAGUGUCACAUGAUGUUGAUUUUCAUUUGAAUUUUUCUCAAUUUCCAUUAAGAUAGACUAAAUAUAAAAUGUUUUUGCUCUUGAUUUGGUAAUGAAGAAUGCAAUCUUAGAUUCGCUAUAUCUGAAGGGACUUUAAAGUGAUAAAAAUGCAGUUCUUAGUUUGGACAGGAGGCUUUAAGAGAAAGAAGGAGACUUCUUUUCAAAUUAUUCAAUUUUUGUGUUGAGGUAAGUUAAAGUCCUUUAACUAUAAAUAUUAAGCAAGCUUGACAAACACACUGCUAUCAUUUCCAAUUUUUAGCAUUAUGUUUCAUGGUAUAAACAGUCUUUCACAGUCAUUGGGAUUAUUUUGGGCAAAUGGAGCACUAACAGUUGGGGUAAGAAAUAAAUUUAACCUAUUAAUGUUGAUUAAAUACUAGCAGUAAUAAUUGAGCUCAAAAUUAUUUGAAAAAUUAACUACAAAACACAUGUAAAAGAUUGUUGCUAUUUUGCCUAUCAUCUGCAGUAAUAGAAUAAGAAAAUAAGAGAAAAUUACAAAUUCAUUAGCAUAACCAGAAGUCUGAUUAACAGGAGCAGCAUAUUUUAAUGCUUUUCUCUCUCCUCCUCCCAAACUACAAGCAUCAAAUAAACUGCAUUGAGUUUAAUUUAAAUCAUUUUCAGGUAUAAAAUGGCAACUGAGUGUUAGACCAUAUAAAACAGUCAUGAGUGAAUCAAGUGCUAAAGUGUGUGUGUGUGUGUGUGUGUGUGUGUGUGUGUGUGUGUGUGUGUGUGUGUGUGUGUGUGUGUGUGUGUGUCACGGUACAUUAUAAAUGAGAAUACUUCUUCAGGACUGUAAUUUUAAUAAUAAAUCAUAAAAAGUUCUGCUUUCAUCUCUCAGCUGCCUGCUUGUCAGUGUUGAGCAGAUUGCUCUGGGGUCUUAAUGCAGGAAUUUAUCUGGUAUUUCAAACAGUUCUUGUUCAGCACUCAAAUACUCACACUGGCAAGCAAUCCAUCCCAAAACACACUUAAUGACGUCAACUGCAGCACAGUAAAUAAAUAUCUUGCUAGGACGAAAAACAGCUGCAUUAUUUGUGGCAUAUCUUUGAGGUCACUCAGUGCAGCAAACAACCAAAUGCACCAUGACGACUGUAGUUGUCAGAUAAACUCUUAAGCAUGUGCUUAACUGAAGAGAAUGUUUUAAAGUUUGUUUUGCAAUUCUUGACCUGGCAUGUAGAAAGACCGUGAGGAGGGUUAAAACUUACAGAGAAAAAGAGAAACCAAAUGAUGUGCAUUGUUAUUAGGGGAAGGAGACUGUCUGCCACAUCCUCUUUGUUUCAGGACUGCCCUUUUUUUUUAAAAAUGUGGUGCUUGGCUAGAGGACUUAAUAAGCAGUGGUGCGGGAGUGCUCUAAACUUCUGCAUCACAGUCUCAUAUUUCUGUGUUUCAUGAUAAUUUGAUUGUUAAAAAUGGCUGUGAUAAAUAAAAUGUUCAGACACUGUGUUUGUUCUAUAAUCAAAAAAGUGGACCUCUUAUUUAACAGCAUAUGGCCACCUGGCCUCUGUUGUUGGAAAUAUUUGAAAUUGGGAACACAAAGAAUAACAACACUCUUACCAUCUUUGUAUUUUGUUUCCUGGCAAACCUGCCCGAUAAUUUCAGGGUAAAAUAUUUUAUUCUGCUCCAGCACAAAUGUUUUCCCUACGAUCCAUCUCCUAAAGAUGUCCAGACGAAGAGAAUAGAUGCCAAAAUAAAACACUGAUCUGGCUUCGUAUUUAGUCUGUGCCUUCACUGUAUCAUGGUCAGUGGGAAUUCAGAAACUCAGAAAAAAAAGGUUGCCUUAAAAAGAGAGCUCAAAAUUAAACCAGGACCUGGUUUUGUUGCUGAUUUGUGCUUUAAGUUAGAGUAUGUGGUAUACUUUGUGGUCUUGUUUGACAUUUGUAAGUUGUGUAAUAGGGAACAGUCUGAGGGUUCUGGUUCAGGCAAAUCGGUCAUGCUGCAUAGCUCCCUGAAUCCAAUUAAGAGUCAGAGGGGCCCAAAUGGCUGUUUUUAUGUGUUUUCUGUGCUGGCUGGCCUGCUGUUGGGCGUGGUGUGGCCUGCAGCAAGGUGGAGUUAAACGAACAAACACAUUCCUCCUCAAGAUCCUGCUCUGGUCUGAACACUUCUAACAACCAAGCCAACUUCUGUGUGACUGACUCACCUUCUGCCUGUCCAUACUAGGUUAAGACGUGGCUACCUGUGUGUGUGUGUUUGUGUGUGCACCCUCCGACCCUGCACCUCCCCUGCCUCUCACCCCAUUGACACAGUCCUCGCUCUUUAUACAGAAUUUCCCCUCUUCAGUCCCCCUUUACUAUUUGCUUUCUUUCUUGGACGUUUUUUCUCUUGCUGCUCUUUUUCUCCCUCUCUACCCCUUAAUGAGCAAUGUCUUGCUGACUUGUGCUUUUUGCCAACUCUUCAAACAUAAUGGAGGCACCCCACUGACCUCAUUACAACAGAUUUACAUCUGUGUGUUUUAUACUGGAUGAGACAUGAUCACAUUACCUCAGGAAUAAAGUCAACUAUUGCUUAUGUGUGGUUUAAUCAGAUCAGUCGAAUUUAGCUCUUUUUUUUUUCCUUUUUGCAGCAACUGGCCUGGGCGUGGGUGUUGUGUUUUCCGUCCUUCUCUUUAAACGUAAGUGCUCUUUUGCAAGAUAAACUGAUAAAUAUACAAAUGUAAGAUGUCAUAGGUAAAUGUUUUUCUCCACCAGGUCGCACAUGGCCUGUCUCAUUUGGUUCAGGGUUGGGACUUGGCAUGGGAUACGCCAACUGUCAGCAUGACUUUAGAUCUCCAUACCUCAUACAUGGCCACAUGGCAAAGGUGAGUAAAGAUCGCAGACUCUCUUUGUUUCUUGUUUUGAGCACACAUAAUGCAACGUUUUCGUAUGAUUGUUCACAGGACCAGCAGUGAAGGACUAAAGAAGAGGAUUUCGUCCUUCAUGUUCCUGCGUUAUUUUGCUGUUCAUUCCUGUCCUGGCACUUAAGUCCUGCCAUGUCCGUGUCACGUUUAUCACCGGGCAGUCAAUGUAUAUUUAAUAAAGUGAUUCUGGAAAAACUCUC